AUGUUUCGCUUGGCUCGAAGUAUACAUUGGCGAUCUCAUAGAGCUCUUGGGCUAAGGCGGAUUCCCUUUUUUCCUGUCAUUCAGCGUCGACAGCUUUCUGCAAACGCUCUAGGCUCUUUGAGAUCUGGAGGUCUCAUCGCCAAUAUCCUCGCCGGUGCCUACUUAGGGGGUCUAGUUGUUUGUUUUGGCUCUCUAUAUCUUCUAUAUCAUGACGCUGAUAAACGCCAACAUAUUCCGUUGCUGGUGGGGUUGGAAAAUACUGUCAUUGCGGUGAAAGGUAUAGGCAAAGACGAUGUGCUCAAACUGCCCAGACACGCAGUAAAGCACUACCGCAGGUUGCUUGCUAACAUAGGGAAGGAUAUUGAUCCUGAUUACUCGUUUGAAGAGACAGUCAAUGGACAAAGAAACUACCUUGUUCCUUUGGUGAGCAGUGAAGAUUUACUUCAGAAAAAGGGUGCAGAUUUUGCCAACUUCUACAUCGAUAUAGUAUUGCGCUACUCUCGUGCACUUUUGGCGAAAGAACACGUUGCUGAAUCGAGAGCCAUGCUCAAACAGAUAAUCGACAACGAUGAGGUUUUUUAUAGAUUGGGCGAUGCAGAGAGAAUGAGUCAGUGCUCUCGUCUUUUGAGUGGGAUUUCAUUCUCGGCAGACGAGAAAGAAUAUUAUCUAAAACACGCCAUUGACAUGUUGGCACAGACGUUUCUGCGAGUUCACAUUAAAGAUUUCCUUCUUCAGGAAGACCUGAGGAUUUCUGACGAGCUCAUACACUCUUUGAAUGGUCUUGCAUUUUUGUAUGCGUCCGAAAGCAAAUCAGUGAGGAGCAAGAAGGAGAAACAGGCUUUGCUUUCGAAAGCACUCAACAUCUACUUGGCCAACUUGAAAAGAAUCUCCAGCGUGGAGAAAACUAUCCUAUCUGGAGAGUUGACGCAAGCCUCGUACCCUCUUUUCAACUGUGAUGAAGAGAACCUUAAGAUGCUUUCUGCGGAGAUCAAGUGUCAUGUCUCAGAGAUCUUGUGGGCCAAAAACUUCAAGGACAGCGCUGUUGCAUGGGGAGAAGAGGUGGUGGAUGAGAUCUACUUUGAUCAUAAGAGCAUCGCUCGAGCCACGCCCAUCUUGUCAGCCGUAUUGGAUAAUUUGGUGAUAAUGUAUGGAAGGCUCAAGGACAAGCAGUCUCAAGAACGUUGUAUGGCUCUCCGUGAAGACUUGAACGAGUUUGAAACUGAUCCACCUUCCUGGUAUGACAGUGUGGUGCAACGGUUCACCAAGAUCAUCUACUACAAGGGUCCCCUUGGUGUGCUUGAAAAAGCACUCAAAGAGAGAUUUGGACCUCCAGAAAAAACGCCGGAGCUCGAAGAGCACGAAGACGAGGACCAAGAGUGA